AUGGAGCGUACAGCUUUUUUCUCCUUCAUUUCACCAUUUUGGUCCUAUUCCAUCAUCAUCGCAAUUCCUCUCUUCAUACUCACCAGAACCGUAAAAUACCCUCGCUCUACCCCUACACCACUCCGUAAACUCCCUCCAGGCCCCAAACCGUGGCCUAUUAUCGGUAAUUUACCUGAAAUGCUUUCGAGCAAGUCUGUGUCCAAAUGGAUACACCAUCUUAUGAAAAACUUAAACACUGAGAUUGCAUGUAUCAAGCUGGGAAAUGUUCAUGUGGUUCCGGUGAUUGACCCUACUAUAGCCUGCGAGUUCUUGAAGAAACAAGACGACAGUUUUGUGUCAAGGCCUAUGAGCAUGUCCACUCAUCUCAUCUCACGUGGCCAUUUAACAGCGGGCAUCGUGCCAUAUGGAGACCAAUGGAAGAAGAUGAAGCAGAUGGUGGUGAAGGAUUUGCUUUCUCCUGCCAAGCAUCGAUGGCUUCAUGACAAAAGAAUGGAGGAGGCUGACAGCCUCGUGCGCUUCGUUUAUAUGAGUCAGAAUAACAAUGAAGGAGGCCUUGUAAAUGUGAGGAUUGCUGCUCAGCAUUUCUGUGGGAAUGUCUUAAGGAAGACGAUCUUCAAUAAAAGGUAUUUUGGAGAGGGUGGUGAGGAUGGGGGGCCAGGCUUUGAGGAAAUAGAGCAUGUGGGUGCACUCUUUGUAAUUGUCAAAUACUUAUAUGCCUUCUGCGUUUCUGACUUCGUGCCAUGCUUGAGGAGAUUUGACUUGGAUGGGCAAAAGAGACUGUUGAAAAAUGCUCUGAGGAUAAUGAACAAGCAUCAUGAUCCCAUCAUUGAAGCGAGAAUCAAACACUGGAAGGAUGGCACCAAGACUGAAACUGAGGACUUGCUCGAUGUCAUGAUUUCUCUCAAGGAUGCUCAUAAUAACCCCCUAUUGUCCAUGGAGGAAAUCAAAGCGCAAAUUAUAGAACUAAUGUUUGCAACAGUGGACAAUCCAUCGAAUUCCGCAGAAUGGGCACUCGCAGAAAUGAUAAACCAGCCAGAAGUUCUUAUAAAAGCCGCCGAAGAAUUGGACCAAGUAGUAGGUAAGAACAGGCCUGUGCAAGAAUCAGACAUACCAAAACUCAACUACAUCAAAGCCUGCCUAAGAGAAGCCUUUCGUCUUCAUCCCGUUGCUCCAUUCAGUGUCCCCCGUGCAUCGAUUUGUGACACGAUGGUUGGCAACUACUUCAUCCCAAAAGGCAGCCACGUAUUACUGAGCAGACAGGAGUUAGGGCGAAACCCUAAGGUUUGGGAGGAGCCUCUUAAGUUCAAACCCGAACGACAUCUCAUGGACGAUGGCUCUGAUGUGUUCUUGACAGAAACAGAUCUGCGGUUCAUAACCUUCACAACAGGAAAACGUGGAUGUCCAGGAGUGGUGCUUGGGACCACUCUCUGUGUGAUGUUGCUUGCUAGGUUGAUCCAUGGAUUCGCUUGGAGUGCUCCACCAAAUCAAACGAUCAAGCUUGUUGAGUCUGAGAAUGAACCCUUCAUCUCUCAGCCACUAGUGGUCGUUGCAAAACCAAGGCUGCCUAAUGAGGUUUACCUCUUGGAUUAA